GUGUCGACGUACCUUGUUCAAGAUACCUCCCAAAAAGUGUCAGCUCGCCAAAUCAACAUGAUUGACUUCUGGAGUACUGGGAAAUUCUUAGCCCUUGGGAUUAUUAUCACUGAAUGUUGCGUCGGUGAAUUUUACGCAGAUAAUCGCAGUGUUGGGAGCUUGGAGAGAGAGCAAAGACGGCUAUCUAGUCAUGGACUUGUUGGACAUUCUCCAAUUCACAAGUCUCCAUAUUUUACUGGUUGGAGUGAAUGGUCCGUUUGUGAUCGACAUUGCUUUCAAAAUCGCGUUAAAAUCUGCAAAAUCAGCAAAAAAUGUGGGACAACGAUCAUACGAGAAGAAAAGAGCUGUUAUCAUAAGAGAAAGGGCGGGCCCUGGUUCUGCAAUGAACGAUUCCGUAGACAUCCUCAUCGCACCGAGUUAUUUCACGUUGUACAAAUACCGAAGGAAGCAGAACCUAGACAGGGUGGUAGGCGUCAACGUAAGGAGUCAAUCAAUCAACCUCAAAGUCACUAUGGUAAAUGGAGUAAAUGGUCGCCUUGUACUCGAUCGUGUACGACACAGAGACAUCGAUGGUGCACAAGACCUGGUAUCUGCGAUAAAGAUGUUAUCAGAGAGAGUGCCUAUUGUUAUGUAGAGGGAAGCUUCUGUCAGAAGUGGAUUCACAGGAGAAUAAGAGGGAGCCAUGAUGAUGACAAUGGUGAUACUGCGUUGGACGAGUUCGAAUUAAAUCCGAAUGCAGUGAAUAGUCUGGCGGUCUCGAAGAACGAUGAUAUUUGGAAGUGUGGAGUUGCUGCGAAUGGGAAGAUAUCUAGGCUUUCAUACUUCACUAGAAUUAUUGGAGGACGUCCUACGAUACCUGGUAGCUGGCCUUGGCAAGUUGCCGUUCUCAAUAGAUUUCGAGAAGCCUUUUGCGGUGGUACAUUGGUAUCUCCUCGUUGGGUUCUAACGGCAGCCCACUGCAUUAGGAAACGCCUAUACGUUCGACUUGGUGAACACGACCUUGCAGUUAAAGAAGGAACUGAGCUUGAAUUCCGGGUGGACUCGGUCAUAGUUCAUCCGGACUACGAUGUAGACACUGUUGAUAAUGAUGUGGCACUUCUCCGGCUUCCGGUAACACUAAGCCCAUCAACAUCACAGGGGAUUGCUUGUCUACCAGCUCCACGACAGCCACUACCCACGAAUAAACUUUGCACGAUUAUCGGAUGGGGAAAGUCCAGGGCUACUGAUGAUUUUGGAACUGAUGUUUUGCAUGAGGCCAAAAUACCGAUAGUAUCGACGGAAGUAUGUAAGGGUGUGUAUGUAGAUUACCGUAUAACAGAAAAUAUGUUCUGCGCUGGUUACCAAAAAGGAAGAAUGGAUUCUUGUGCAGGAGACAGUGGUGGUCCACUUCUGUGUAGAGAUCCCAAACGUCCGGAUCAUGCCUGGACUAUAUUCGGUAUUACGAGUUUCGGAGAGGGUUGUGGAAAACGUGGAAAAUACGGUAUCUACGCCCGACUAUCUAACUAUGUCAAGUGGAUUUUAAAAAUCAUUGAAGAGAAUGACAGUGUGUAACAAUUUUAAUUAAGUGCGAAUGACAUUUUUUACGUGAACUCGUAAGUGUAAUAUAUGAUGAUAAUUAUUAUAUUCGAUGGACGGAAAAAGAAUCUAAUUUUGAUUAUAAUAUUUUGCGUUGUAAAAUUA